AACGGCCCCAACCAUGGCCAUGCUCCAGUGAAGCCGCUAUGUGGUAGUAUUGCUCCCUCUCUACAGGCCUGAUACAAAGGACACCAGCUGAGUUAUAGUGCAGUUACCAGUGCUGGAGGGACUACUGUGCUCAUGUUAUUGUUCGGGUAACAAAACUCAAUGGAAGUCACAUUGUUUUUUAGUUUUUUUUACAACGUAACGCGGUGUUAGUCGAAGGUCUGUCGAGCCGAUAUGGCGACCAGGAAGAAUCUGCGUUUUAAUUAAGAGCCGCUUCUCCUUCCUGAAACUUUCAAACGCUUAAAAUCAGCGCAGUUUGGAUCGUAAAGGAAUUUCACUUCGGUCAAACACACUGUUGGAAAAUAUACACGUGGACAAUCUCUCCCCAAUCUGAAGGAAAAGGUGUGUGAGGGUAGUGGAGAGGCUGGUUCUGCUGACUGAGGCACCAUGGUAGAUCCGGCAGACAGGGCGGUGGAGAGGCUGGCGAUCCCAGAGAGUUUAGGGGUGUCUGCCCUGGAACCAGGCCAGCGACUCCCAUCCACGCCCCCAGGACGACAGGUCUCCAUCCGGGUACAGCUGCUGGACGACGUCACGGAGGUUUUCGACAUAUCACAACGGGCCCCAGCCAAGGCUCUGUUUGACCUGGUGUGUGUCCAUCUGAACCUGGCUGAAAGAGACUACUUCGGUCUACAGUACCAGAACUCCAGAAGGAUGAUGGUCUGGUUGGACCUGCUGAAGCCAACCCUGAAACAGAUAAGACGCCCUAAGAACACCAUCCUUCGUUUUGUGGUGAAGUUCUUCUCUCCAGACACACAGCUGCUGGAGGAGCUGACACGGUACCUGUUUGCUCUCCAGAUAAAGCAUGAUUUGGCGUGUGGACGUCUGACCUGCAACGACACCAGUGCUGCUCUGCUGGUCUCACAUAUCGUCCAGUCUGAGAUCGGGGACUUUGAUGAGGUCCAGAGUUUUCAACACCUUCUUCACAACAAGUACAUGCCGAACCAGGACGCCCUGAUGGACAAGAUCACAGAGUACCACCGCAAGCAUGUAGGCCAGACGCCAGCCGAGUCAGACCAUCAGCUGUUGGAGAUCUCCCGGCGCUUGGAGAUGUACGGAGUCAGACUCCAUCCUGCUAAGGACCGAGAGGGGACCAAGCUCAGUCUGGCUGUGUCUCAUAUUGGACUGCUUCUGUUUCAGGGAGACACUAGGAUCAAUACUUUUAACUGGUCUAAAGUCCGCAAGCUGAGCUUCAAGAGGAAGCGUUUCCUCAUCAAACUCAGACCAGACCUCAAUCAGAGUGGAUACCAGGACACCCUGGAGUUUGCGAUGGGCAGUCGAGACUGCAGUAAGAUCUUCUGGAAAAUAUGUGUGGAGUAUCACGCCUUCUUCAGACUGUUUGAGGAACCCAAACCCAAACCCAAAGCCGUUCUCUUCACCAGAGGCUCCUCCUUCAGGUUUAGCGGUCGGACACAGAAGCAGGUUUCUGAUUACGUCAAGGACUCAGAGUUUCAAAAGGUCCCGUUUGAAAGGAAACACAGUAAGAAGGUGUCCUGCGGCAGCCUGACCCCCCAGGAUGGAAAGACAUCCACACUACCACCAGAGACUGUCUCAGUGGACCAGACAGACUCUCCUCUCAGGUCGACCCUCCAGGCCCCGGGGGACGACCCCACGGUGACCAACGGCCACCAGGCUGGACCGGAGGCCCUACCCUCCUCCACCAGCCAUCCAGAGCAGCAGAUCUCAGGUGUGAUCUCGGGCAUCUCUGAUCUCUCGGACUCCACCUUGGCCAACCCUUCAGUGGUGGUGAACGGGCAGAAACCCUUUCCCCUCGGCCCGGGUCAGAGCCCCAACGUGCACCAGCCCUCGCCCUUCAACGCCCAUUCCUCGCCCCUCUCAUCCCCCCUGUUCACCGACGCUGGUGGCUACGUCCGUACGGAUGACGAGGACGAGGUUCGGAGGAAGAAGUUCCCAACUGACAAGGCCUACUUCAUCGCCAAGGAGCUUCUCACCACAGAGAGAACCUUUCAGAAGGACCUGGCAGUUAUAACCGUGUCGUUCCAGGCGGUGCUGGGUAAAGAGGAAGUCCUGCCAGACUCAGUGAGGACUCUGAUCAACACCAACUACGAUCCAGUCUAUCAGUUCCACCAGGCCUUCCUCAAGGAGGUGGAGCAGAGGCUGCAGCAAUGGGAGGGCCGGUCCAACGCCCACAUUAAGGGAGACGACCAGCGCGUCGGUGACGUCCUGCUGAAGAACGUUCAGGGCAUAAAGCAGCAGUUGACGCCCCUCCUGCAGCAUCACGGCGAGGUGUUGGUUGCGUUGGACCGUUCGUGUCGUGCGUCCCAGCGGCUGGAGGAGGCGUGUCGAGAGUUUGAGCAGCAGAAGGUGUGUUACCUGUCCCUCAACAUGUUCUUGCUGCGGCCGCUGCAUCGCCUGCUGCACUACAAACUGAUUCUGGAGAGACUCUGCAAACACUACCCCCCUACACAUCAAGACUUCAGAGACAGCAGAGCUGCCCUAGCUGAUAUAUCAGAGAUGGUGCUGCAGCUUCAGGGAACCAUGACGAAGAUGGAGAACAUCCAGAAGCUUCUAGAACUGAAGAAAGAUCUGACAGGCUUCCGGGACCUGGCUGUACCGGGCAGGGAGUUUAUCAGACUGGGCUGUCUCAGUAAGCUCUCAGGGAAAAGACUACAGCAGAGAAUGUUCUUCCUGUUUAGUGAUUCCCUGGUGUACACCAGCAGAGGUAUGACAGCAGACAACCAGUUCAAAGUUCAGGGUCAGCUGCCUCUCUACGGCAUGACAAUCAGGGAGAGUGAGGAUGAGUGGGGACUUCCUCAUUGCUUCACUCUGUUUGGUCAGCGCCAGUCUGUCGUCGUGGCAGCAAGCUGUCUAUCAGAGAUGGUGAAAUGGAUGGAGGACAUCAGAAUGGCUGUAGACCUGGUAGAGCAGAGUAACAGACCUACUGAUCUACUGUCCACCAGUCAAUCAGACCGCAAGUCUCCAGAGGAGGAGGAGGAGGAGGAGGAGGAAGAGUUGAGUGCGUCUCGUAGCUCAUUGGAGCGUCAGGCAGCGCAGAGAGGAAACAGUAUGGUUCAUAUCUGCUGGCACCGCAACACCUCCGUGUCCAUGGUGGACUUCAGCGUGGCUGUGGAGAACCAGUUAUCAGGUAACCUGCUGAGGAAGUUUAAGAACAGUAAUGGAUGGCAGAAACUCUGGGUGGUCUACACCAACUUCAGCCUGUUCUUCUACAAAUCACAUCAGGACGACCACCCUCUGGCCAGCCUCCCGUUGCUAGGCUACUCGUUGACGGUUCCCGCGGAGACAGAGAACAUCCAGAAGGACUACGUUUUCAAGCUCCACUUCAAGUCUCACGUUUACUACUUCAGAUCAGAGAGCCAGUACACCUUCCAGAGGUGGAUGGAGGUGAUCCGUAGUGCUACCUGUUAAGCUGGUCGACCCCUUCCUGACCCAGAGGAAGGAUCCUUCCUGACCCAGAGGAAGGAUCCUUCCUGACCCAGAGGAAGGAUCCUUCCUGACCCAGAGGAAGGAUCCUUCCUGACCCAGAGGAAGGAUCCUUCCUGACCCAGAGGAAGGAUCCUUCCGGACCCAGAGGAAGGAUCCUUCCUGACCCAGAGAGGACUAGGAGGACACUGACCCAACCCUCUUCUUCACCUCUGGAGUCCCGGCUCACUUUACUUUACUAACCGCCUGUCUGUAUUGUCACGACGUGGCCCAUUUGGGUAUAUAUAUAUAUAUAUAUAUAUAUAUAUAUUAAACAAUAUUUAAAUAUUUUUUUUGAGAACGUGGGAAUAGUCCGUGGGUACCUAAAGAACAAUCAUAUUCGGUGACCUUGUGAAAGACAGGAAGACCCACAGGACUGUAUCUCUGUUUGUGUACACUUCUCAGAUAUACAUCUAGAUGUUGGUUUAAAAUCAAUGAGCAAAUAUGAAACUAUUUGUGAAAAAAUGUGAUGUUGGCCUUCUGAAUGAGACUAUUGAUUUUCAUGUAAAGUUUAACUAGUCAGUGGCCACGCCCCCCCAUGAGGCUAGGCGUUACGUAAUCGCCCCCUUCCUCCACAGAGUAUAAAACCACUUCCUACAAAAUGUACAUUAAGUCAGAGAACGCCGGGACGGAGUCGCCACGUUGAAAUGGCUACGACUCUAUAGGCCCUUAGAUCAGAAAACAGGAAGUGGUAGCUACAUGUGAAAUGGUUAAGGACUACAACUCUACAGGCCCUUAGAUCAGGAAACAGGAAGUGGUAGCUACAUGUGAAAUGGUUAAGGACUACAACUCUACAGGCCCUUAGAUCAGAAAACAGGAAGUGGUAGCUACAUGUGAAAUGGUUAAGGACUACAACUCUACAGGCCCUUAGAUCAGGAAACAGGAAGUGGUAGCUACAUGUGAAAUGGUUAAGGACUACAACUCUACAGGCCCUUAGAUCAGAAAACAGGAAGUGGUAGCUACAUGUGAAAUGGUUAAGGACUACAACUCUACAGGCCCUUAGAUCAGGAAACAGGAAGUGGUAGCUACAUGUGAAAUGGUUAAGAACUACAACUCUACAGGCCCUUAGAUCAGGAAACAGGAAGUGGUAGCUACAUGUGAAAUGGUUAAGAACUACAACUCUACAGGCCCUUAGAUCAGAAAACAGGAAGUGGUAGCUACAUGUGAAAUGGUUAAGGACUACAACUCUACAGGCCCUUAGAUCAGAAAACAGGAAGUGGUAGCUACAUGUGAAAUGGUUAAGAACUACAACUCUACAGGCCCUUAGAUCAGAAAACAGGAAGUGGUAGCUACAUGUGAAAUGGUUAAGAACUACAACUCUACAGGCCCUUAGAUGUGAAAUGGUUAAGAACUACAACUCUACAGGCCCUUAGAUCAGAAAACAGGAAGUGGUAGCUACAUGUGAAAUGGUUAAGAACUACAACUCUACAGGCCCUUAGAUCAGGAAACAGGAAGUGGUAGCUACAUGUGAAAUGGUUAAGAACUACAACUCUACAGGCCCUUAGAUCAGAAAACAGGAAGUGGUAGCUACAUGUGAAAUGGUUAAGGACUACAACUCUACAGGCCCUUAGAUCAGAAAACAGGAAGUGGUAGCUACAUGUGAAAUGGUUAAGAACUACAACUCUACAGGCCCUUAGAUGUGAAAUGGUUAAGAACUACGACUCUAUAGGCCCUUAGAUCAGAAAACAGGAAGUGGUAGCUACAUGUGAAAUGGUUAAGAACUACAACUCUACAGGCCCUUAGAUCAGGAAACAGGAAGUGGUAGCUACAUGUGAAAUGGUUAAGAACUACAACUCUACAGGCCCUUAGAUCAGAAAACAGGAAGUGGUAGCUACAUGUGAAAUGGUUAAGGACUACAACUCUACAGGCCCUUAGAUCAGAAAACAGGAAGUGGUAGCUACAUGUGAAAUGGUUAAGAACUACAACUCUACAGGCCCUUAGAUCAGAAAACAGGAAGUGGUAGCUACAUGUGAAAUGGUUAAGAACUACAACUCUACAGGCCCUUAGAUGUGAAAUGGUUAAGAACUACAACUCUACAGGCCCUUAGAUCAGAAAACAGGAAGUGGUAGCUACAUGUGAAAUGUUUAAGGACUACAACUCUAUAGGCCCUUAGAUCAGAAAACAGGAAGUGGUAGCUACAUGUGAAAUGGUUAAGGACUACAACUCUACAGGCCCUUAGAUCAGGAAACAGGAAGUGGUAGCUACAUGUGAAAUGGUUAAGAACUACGACUCUACAGGCCCUUAGAUGUGAAAUGGUUAAGAACUACAACUCUACAGGCCGUUAGAUCAGAAAACAGGAAGUGGUAGCUACAUGUGAAAUGGUUAAGAACUACAACUCUACAGGCCCUUAGAUCAGAAAACAGGAAGUGGUAGCUACAUGUGAAAUGGUUAAGGACUACAACUCUACAGGCCCUUAGAUCAGGAAACAGGAAGUGGUAGCUACAUGUGAAAUGGUUAAGAACUACAACUCUACAGGCCCUAAGAUCAGAAAACAGGAAGUGGUAGCUACAUGUGAAAUGGUUAAGAACUACGACUCUAUAGGCCCUUAGAUCAGAAAACAGGAAGUGGUAGCUACAUGUGAAAUGGUUAAGAACUACGACUCUACAGGCCCUUAGAUCAGAAAACAGGAAAUGGUUAAGAACUACAACUCUACAGGCCCUUAGAUCAGAAAACAGGAAAUGGUUAAGAACUACAACUCUACAGGCCCUUAGAUCAGAAAACAGGAAGUGGUAGCGACAUGUGAAAUGGUUAAGAACUACGACUCUACAGGCCGAGGAGACCAUACAGCGUGGAGUGUUGGAUUCAACUCUAAACCGUUGCCAGAGAAGGGAACAAAUGUUCGACCGGACCUUUUUUCAGUCUGCAGCUGGAAUUAUUCGUAACCUUGGACGAAGAAUACAGACGACCUCCGAAAAAACAUCCAUUCUAUGCGACAACAUGGGUUCGCCUGACAUCACUUCUCUGUCGUCUCUCUCCGGCUGAUGGUCCGGCCUGACCACAGAGGGAGACAACAAGACAUACACUCGGGGAAAUAUGUAAAUUACAAUUUAUUUUUAUCGAAUGAGCUGUUGUUCAUAUUCAAAGUAUUAGCAAUUUUCUUUGAGUGUAGUUAUCAGCUAUGAGUGGUACCCCACCCCCUUUCCUUCGUCUACCAGGCCGUCAAAAUCGGUUUCAUGCUUAGUACCCAAUGUAUAACUAAAUUGUGUGUGUGUUGAUGUAAUUCUUGUGAUUAAGUUAGUUAGUAAAUAAAUAAUUAAGCCAA